CCUCGACACCCUGCUUUCCCAUCCCCCAACGUCCCCGAUCAUCGCGGUUGGCAUCGCGAUAUCGUUUUGCAAGUCGGAGAAGUCGCCAAGGUCGACCGUGAAUCUAUUUCCUUCGCCCUUUUUCGACUUUCGCGACGUCGGUGGACAAGGUCGCAGGCGCCCUCGUGGCAAGGGCUGCCAAAGGCCUCAGCCGGCCAGCUGCUUGCAAACUCUUUUAUUGUCGCUUCUGCACGCCUGAUAAUUGACAGAUUAGAGCUGUUGGAGCCAGAUUAUCGGCAAGCCUUCGCUCUUAGAUCCGCUUGAUUCGUGAUUUCACCACCGUAUCUUGAGUAACACGUCUCCGCGACAACAGCAUCAUGACGAACGUCUACUUCCCCUACUCCAAGGCGCCUCUGCGCACCAUCAAGGAGAUUCAGUUUGGCCUUUUCUCACCGGAAGAGAUCAAACGGAUGAGCGUGGUCCAUGUGGAGUAUCCAGAGACGAUGGAUGAACAAAGGCAGCGGCCACGAACCAAAGGUCUCAACGAUCCUCGCUUGGGAACCAUCGAUCGGCAAUGGAACUGCGAGACUUGUGAGGAAGGCCAGAAGGAAUGUCCUGGACAUUUUGGACAUAUCGAGCUUGCCACUCCUGUUUUUCAUAUUGGUUUCUUGACGAAAAUCAAGAAGCUACUUGAGACGGUCUGCCACAACUGUGGAAAGAUCAAAGCCAACACGUCUGACCCAAAGUUCCUUGAAGCCCUACGCAUGAGAGAUCCAAAAAGACGUUUCGACCAUAUCUGGCGACUAUCUAAAGAUGUCACGAUCUGUGAAGCUGACCCUCCCCCGGAUGAGGACGAGCCGUACUCGAAAGACAGCUCGAAACCAAUGAAAAUGCAUGGUGGGUGCGGAAAUGCCCAGCCGACUAUUCGCAAAGAGGGUAUCACCUUGGUGGGGACAUGGAAACCUAGCAAGAGCAUGAUGGACGACAUGGAUAUGCAGCAGCCGGAGAAAAAGACAAUUACCCCUCAGAUGGCUCUGAACGUUUUCCGUACCAUCUCUUACGAGGAUGUUCGUAUAAUGGGAUUGAGCAAUGACUACGCUCGUCCUGAGUGGAUGGUUCUCACUGUCCUGCCAGUGCCACCGCCUCCUGUGCGUCCAAGUGUGCUUGUGGGCGGUAGCACCAGUGGUCAACGUGGUGAGGAUGAUCUGACAUAUAAGCUGGCUGAAAUUGUUCGGGCAAACCAAAACGUUCAACGCUGUGAACAGGAAGGCGCUCCCGAGCACGUGGUGCGAGAAUUCGAGUCUCUGUUACAGUACCAUGUCGCCACUUACAUGGACAACGAUAUUGCUGGUCAGCCAAAGGCUAUGCAAAAGUCAAACAGACCGGUGAAAGCCAUUCGCAGCCGCCUAAAGGGUAAAGAGGGUCGUUUGCGUCAAAACUUGAUGGGUAAGCGUGUGGAUUUCUCCGCUCGUACUGUUAUCACAGGUGAUCCCAACUUGUCACUUGACGAGGUUGGCGUUCCGAAAAGUAUUGCAAGGACCUUGACCUACCCCGAAGUUGUUACGCCGUACAAUAUUGAGAAAUUGCAACAGCUCGUUAUGAAUGGCCCUAACGAGCACCCGGGAGCAAGGUAUAUCGUUAGAGAUAACGGCGAACGCAUUGACCUACGUCAUGCUAGGAGAGCUGGAGGCCAACAACUACUGUAUGGAUGGAAAGUAGAGCGUCAUAUCAUGGAUGGUGAUGUGAUUCUUUUCAAUCGACAGCCCUCACUUCACAAGGAAUCUAUGAUGGGUCACCGUGUCCGCGUUAUGCCGUACUCCACUUUCCGGCUUAACCUGUCUGUGACAACACCUUACAACGCUGAUUUUGACGGUGAUGAGAUGAACUUGCAUGUUCCUCAAAGCGAAGAGUCUCGCGCAGAGCUAAGCCAGCUUGCGCUGGUCCCUAUGAAUAUCGUGUCUCCCCAGCGGAACGGUCCUCUCAUGGGUAUCGUGCAAGAUACUCUUUGCGGUAUUUACAAGUUUUGUCGGCGUGAUACUUUCUUGACGAAGGAGCAGGUUAUGAAUAUCAUGAUGUGGGUUCCUGAUUGGGACGGCGUUAUACCCCCGCCAGCGAUCUUGAAGCCUAGGCCUAGAUGGACCGGUAAGCAGAUGAUCAGCAUGGCGCUCCCUUCGGGGCUCAAUCUGUUGCGUGUGGAUAAAGACAACUCCGCGCUUUCGGAGAAGUUUGCCCCUCUAAAUGAUGGUGGCCUUCUCAUUCAUGGUGGACAGUUGAUGUAUGGAAUGUUUUCCAAAAAGACUGUUGGUGCCAGCGGUGGUGGUGUUAUCCACACCAUCUUCAAUGAAUAUGGGCCAGCCACUGCUGUGGCUUUCUUCAACGGUGCACAGACCAUUAUCAACUACUGGCUACUCCACAAUGGCUUUAGUAUUGGCAUUGGUGACACCAUUCCAGACGCGCUCACCAUACAGAGAAUUGAAAACUGCGUUCGUGCACGGAAGAAGGAGGUCGAAUCCAUCACUGCAAGCGCUACUGACAAUACCCUGGAGCCGCUGCCCGGUAUGAACGUACGAGAAACCUUUGAAAGCAAGGUUUCGCGUGCGCUCAACAACGCUCGUGAUGAGGCUGGUAGUGAAACUGAGAAGAGCUUAAAGGAUCUGAAUAACGCCAUUCAAAUGGCUCGUUCUGGAUCAAAGGGAUCGACCAUCAACAUCUCUCAGAUGACAGCCGUUGUCGGUCAACAAUCCGUCGAGGGCAAGCGCAUCCCGUUCGGAUUCAAAUAUCGUACUUUGCCGCACUUCACAAAGGAUGACUAUUCCCCGGAAUCGCGUGGUUUCGUGGAGAACUCCUAUUUGCGUGGGUUGACUCCUACUGAGUUCUUCUUUCAUGCCAUGGCUGGUCGUGAAGGUCUUAUUGAUACAGCUGUCAAGACCGCCGAAACUGGUUAUAUCCAGCGGAAGCUGGUCAAGGCUCUGGAAGAGGUCAUGGUCAAGUAUGACGGCACUGUCCGCAACUCUUUAGGAGACAUUAUACAAUUUAUCUACGGAGAAGACGGUCUUGAUGGUGCUCACAUCGAGAACCAACGCGUUGAUGUCAUAAAGUGCUCUGACGACAAGUUUAGAGAUCGCUUCCGUGUUGAUCUUAUGGAUCCUGAGCGUAGCUUAGGUCCAGAGGUCUUGGAGCAGGCCAACGAAAUCGCAGGUGAUGUGGAAGUCCAGAGAUACCUGGAUGAAGAAUGGGAACAGCUUCUCAAAGACCGUGCUUUCCUGCGUACUGUCGUUAAGGAAGACGAAGAGAUGAUGCAGCUUCCGAUCAACGUUCAACGUAUUCUUGAAAUGGCCAGGACUACGUUCAGGAUUCGCGAGGGAACCAUUAGUGAUCUGCACCCAGCGGAAGUUAUUCCUCAAGUACAAGCAUUGCUUGAUCGGUUACUCAUUGUUCGCGGUGAUGAUGUGAUUUCGCGUGAAGCCCAGGAGAGUGCGACUUUGUUGUUCAAGGCGCAACUUCGGAGUCGUCUAGCGUUCCGAAGACUAGUCACCGAGUAUUCUUUGAACAAACUUGCGUUCCAGCAUGUUCUUGGAGCUAUCGAAAUGAGGUUUGCUAAAGCUAAUGCUCCUGCCGGUGAAAUGGUUGGUGUUCUUGCUGCCCAGUCCAUUGGUGAACCAGCUACUCAGAUGACUUUGAACACUUUCCAUUUUGCUGGUGUCUCGUCAAAGAACGUCACUCUUGGUGUCCCUCGUCUUAAGGAAAUUCUCAACGUUGCAACCAAUAUCAAGACGCCAUCUAUGACUGUUUACCAGGAGCCCCACAGAACUCAUGACAAGGAGGGUGCUAAGCAGUUGCGAAGCGUGGUUGAGCAUACUAGCUUGCGGUCUGUCACCGAGGCCACCGAGAUCUACUACGAUCCCGAUAUUCAGUCUACAGUCAUUGAAACCGACCGAGAUAUGGUCGAGUCGUACUUCAUUAUUCCCGAAGAUGUGACUGAUGACUCAUCUCGCCAAUCGAAGUGGCUACUUCGUAUUAUCCUUAGUCGGCCGAAGCUUCUUGAUAAGGGUCUUACGGUGCAAGAUGUUGCUACUAGGAUUAAACAGGCGUAUCCUAAGGAUAUCGCCGUUAUUUUUAGUGAUAACAAUGCCGACGAGCAGGUAAUUCGAAUCCGACAGAUCCAGGAUCACAAGGAAGAUGAAGAAGACGACGAUGUUGAAUACGAUGUCACGCUCAAGAAACUUGAGCAACAUCUCUUGGACACUUUGACACUUCGAGGCGUCCCCGGUGUCGAGCGAGCGUUCAUCAACGAGAAGGGCAAAGUCCGAGUCCUUGAGGACGGUUCUUUGUUCACCAGUAAGGUCGAUCCCCUUUGCAAAGAAUGGGUUCUUGAAACAAGUGGUUCUUCCCUUGGCGAGGUUUUGGCGGUUCCUGGUGUCGAUGCUACGCGCACCUAUUCCAACCAGUUUAUUGAGGUGUUCGAGGUGUUUGGUAUUGAAGCUGCCCGCACCGCUGUUCUUCGUGAGUUGACGCAAGUGCUUGCCUUCGAUGGUUCUUACGUCAACCACCGUCAUUUGGCUCUUCUGGUCGAUGUUAUGACUGUUCGUGGUUACCUUACGCCAGUCACUAGGCAUGGUAUUAACCGUGCUGACAAUGGUGCUCUUAUGCGGUGUUCUUUCGAAGAGACAGUGGAGAUCUUGUUGGAAGCCGCGGCCUUUGGAGAACUGGAUGACUGCCGUGGUGUGUCCGAGAACCUGAUCUUGGGACAGAUGGCACCUGCCGGUACCGGGGAGUUUGACAUUUACCUCGACCAGAACAUGCUUAACACUGUCGUCUCGAAUAAUGCUCGCUUUGGCGUGAUGGGAGCUAUUGGCGCCAAGGAUGCGAUAAUCUCUGAUGGCGCUUCAACUCAGUAUGACACUGGCUCGCCUAUGCAGGAAAACGCUUAUAUUGGUACACCCGACCCCGAGUCAAACUUCUCUCCUAUCCGUCAAGCCGGCGCUGAAUCCCCCGGCGGCUUUACUGAGUAUCAACCAACUGGUGGCUUCGGAGGCGGAUUCAGCCCAGCCGCCACGAGCCCCGCAGGCUAUUCUCCCAGCAGUCCGUUCAGUGCAAACCCAACAUCACCUGGUUAUUCCCCAUCAUCGAGCUAUUCCCCCACGUCUCCUGGCAUGGCAAUUACCAGCCCUCGUUUCUCCAUGACGUCUCCGGGAUUCUCCCCUGCCAGCCCGUCAUUUGCACCGACAUCACCUGCAUACUCGCCAACAUCACCGGCGUAUGGUCAGGCGUCGCCGACAUCACCGUCGUACUCUCCAACCUCGCCAGGGUUUUCUCCAACCUCGCCAAACUACAGUCCUACAUCGCCAAGCUUCAGUCCUGCUUCGCCUGCGUUCAGUCCGACAUCACCAAGCUACAGUCCAACCAGUCCCGCGAUUGGUGGUGCCGCUCGGCACUUGUCUCCCACCUCGCCAACCUCACCCAAGUAUACACCCACAUCUCCUGGGUGGUCUCCUACGAGUCCCCAGACAUAUUCUCCGACGUCUCCUAAUUUUGCCGGCUCGCCGACAUCUCCGGGAGGGCCUACAUCCCCUGGCUAUAGUCCGACGUCGCCGGCCUUCAGUCCUUCGUAAGUCUUGUUUCCAUGGCCUGGUGGUCUUCCACUCUUACUGAUUUGCUUUUUUGAAGGUCUCCUCGGCAAUAAAGUCUGCAUCCGUGCAUAUCUUCUCUACAGCAUCUGCUGUAUCGUUGUACUAUCAUUUCUUCGAACAACCUUUGAAAAAGAAAACAUUUUGCAUUUUAAGUUGCGGAAUUGGUUGGUUAUUUUUUUCCCCACAAUUUGGGCGUCUGUAGCCUUGUUCUACAUUUUCUUUCCUGCAUGUAUGUUUUCCAUGCGUCGACCAAACGGGGCUAUUUAUUCCAUAGCCUCCGAAGCAGCCCACUUAAAUUGCGAACAAAUUUUGUGGGUUGGUGAUGCCUGUUUCCACUUCUUUCUGAGCUCUGAAAUUACCAAGCGUUUUUUAGAAUUGCCCGAACCACGAGGAUUAUCACGAAGUGAUAUGACCCUCUUGCAUGAUGCUGUUUCCCCUGGUUUGCAUGGAAGAAUAUGAUUUUGCCACGGAGUGUAUUAAUGAUGCGGUCCCAGAUAUUUACUUUUCUUUUAUUUUUCUUUUUCCUGUACACAGCUUUAGUGCAAAUGGGGUUACGGACAGAUGCAAAAGGAAAAUCAU